GAUACUGACACUCUCACUUUCACACCGCCACAUAGAAAUUUAGAAAACCAAAAGAAAAAGGAAAUAAAACUGAAAUCCCUGUCAUAAUAAUCAUAAUCGCAUUUUCCCAAACUUCUCGAUCUGGAUCUCUAUCUCCCUCCAUUUUCACAUCAAAACGCACUUUCUCGAAUAUUCUCACAAUAAUCACUUUUUCUGCUUCAAUUACUCCGAUAUGAGUUCCGCUGGUGACCUCCUCAGUGUCGAACCUCUCGAACUCACUUUCCCCUUUGAGCUGAAGAAGCAGAUCUCGUGUUCUCUUCAAUUGUCUAAUAAGACUGAUAGCUAUGUAGCUUUCAAGGUUAAAACAACUAAUCCAAAGAAGUAUUGUGUUCGUCCAAACACUGGAAUUGUCAUGCCAAGAUCUACCUGCGAUGUUAUGGUUACCAUGCAAGCGCAAAAAGAAGCUCCGGUUGAUAUGCAAUGCAAGGAUAAGUUUCUUCUUCAGAGUGUAAAGACCAAUGAUGGUGUCAGUCCGAAAGAUAUCUCUGCAGAUAUGUUCAACAAGGAGGCAGGGCAUGUGGUUGAGGAGUGCAAAUUGAGAGUGGUGUAUGUAUCUCCACCGCAACCACCAUCUCCAGUUGCAGAGGGUUCUGAGGAAGGGUCGUCGCCUAGAGGGUCUGUUUCAGAAAAUGGAAAUGUCAAUGGUCUUGACUUCUCACAAGGAACCAGAGGAUUUGCCGAACGAACCGAGGCUCAAGAAAAAUCUGCAGAGGCAAGAGCUCUUAUCUCAAGGCUGACUGAAGAAAAGAAUAAUGCAAUUCAACAAACUAGCAGGCUCCGCCAGGAACUGGAGUUGCUGAAGCGUGAAGGAAACAAAAAUCGUGGCGGAGUGUCAUUUAUCAUUGUCAUAUUAAUCGGCUUACUUGGCAUAAUCAUGGGGUAUCUCAUGAAAUAGACCUAAGCAUUUGCACUGUUUGAUUUCACCAUAGAUUUUCACCGUUCCUGACUGUUCAAGCAAUUGUGAUGAAAGUUAAAGUAGAUCAAUUCAUCUGGUGUUGGUUCUUUUUAUUUUUGCUUGUAAUUUUGGAAGUAGAGUACUUUAGGGGAAGUUUGUGGGUCUAUUGUUACUCUCAAUGUGAACUAACUCAUGCUUUGGGUGACAUGCAUUCUUUUUGUAACUUAAGAGGAAAAGUUUGUUGUUACUUUUGUGAUUCA